GUGACACGGUGCGGGACGCAAGCUCCGGUCUGGAUCAGGCUGAACGAUCCAAUGCCGUCCGCGGGGCAGGAAGUCGUGGGCGAGGCAUGCGCAGCCUGGAUCUUCCCGUCGACGUCAACUGCCGUCUGCUGCAUUCUCAAGAGCCCGGCAAAAAUCAGAAACUGCGGCACCUACCUCAUCUACCAUAUCCGAGGCCUGACCGGUUGCAACCUCGCCUUCUGCGCCCUUCCCGCUGAGACGAGAGCAGCGCCAAAGUUGACUGGAACGAGACCAUUGCCUCGGCUCAUCAUCCGACCGAGCUUACGGGGAGGAGCGUCGUGGCUCACGUGCUCCGCUUCUGCGGUGCCAGGAAUGCUGUACAACGUGUCGUGGUACAAGCAUCCCGCCAGGUACAAGCGCGUCCUCCUCAAGGACCUGCGUGAAUUGGAUCACCCCAGCGACGCUCUCUUGGUGUCCUCCGUCAUCUUAGGCACAGAGGUGUCCUGCCAGAUCACCGGCUAUUUCCGCAAUUCUAGCAGCCGCUCGAAGCGCAAGUCAUCGAGUGAACGUUACUUCGUCGGAAUCAAGGCUCGACAAAAUGCAGUUACACUUGUGCGAGGCGGUGGUGCUGUGACUGUGAAGUUUGUGACCACCGUACCUUUGGCCUGUGGCACGAGGUCCACCGGACGUUGCCGCCUCCGGCUCAUUCUCUAUCAAGGACGUGACGAAACAAGCGGGCCAGCCAAAGUGGGCUUGUCUAAAUGCCAUAUCCCUCUGAAACACCGGGGCUGCGGGCGGCGAUGCGCUGUGGCCCGCGUGAAGCUGUCCGCCUUCGUGAACGACACAAGCGACCAGACUUCGCACACCGUUAUUCGAGGGUUCGUGGAGAGCGAGGACGGACCCUUGUGGCACGGAUACCGGAUCCCUCCAUUAAAAGUAACAAUUGUCAAUCUGCCAACAAAGCGCUGCUACUCGUUUUCUGGCGUGUACUACACAUCGUUUGCCAACGUCAAGUUGGAAGCACUGGCUAAUGGCACUUUUUUGCUCUUCAAAGACAAGCGGAAAAACACUCAGGUUCAGGUUCAGACGCAGCGGUGCUACCAGAGCGAGGCGCAAGUGUGCACCUGCGGUCUCGUCGCUCAACAGGACAACUCCGUGGUGAAGAUCGACAUGUGCCACAGCGCUCACAGCCUUCCAACCGUCGUGACCUUUGACAUGGAAGGACGCAAGCCGACCGUCAACAUACUUCGGCAGCAUGAUGGCCGCCUGCUGAUCGUUAGGCUGUCAUCAGGAACCUUCAUUCAAGUCGUUCUCGAGAAAUGGGGAAUGUCGUUCUUACUUACUGUCCCGGCAAUGAACACAUCCGAUGUCGCCGGAGUCUGCACGUUGACCGAAGGAGGACGCCGUGACCUGGAAACGUUACUGGAUGGCUACAGAUUGUCCGACGAGGAAAACCUAUUCAAACGACUUCCGCAGAAGGUGUCUGGGAAAUAUUACGAAGCGUUUUGCACGUGUAGAAUGGCGACAGAAGACAACGAUGCCAGAGGAAGGCAAGAGAACAGGACGCCAAAACGAGUCGAACGACUUUGCAGUGCCAUAAAGCAUGCACUGCCGAAAUUUCUUUCGAACUCCACCGAUGUCACCCUUAAGUACCAUUUCAGCCAAUCACUGUUUCUCGAGGAAAGCAGAGAUCAGCUGGAUCCAACGGAAACCGACAUCCAAAACAGACUUCCCUCCACACUGAGCAUUGAGAAAGCGCGGUACAGCGGAUUGGAAAAGCAUCGAGGACAACGCACGCCCAGAGGAGACAUCCCGGCCGGCCUGGUUUGGAUCAAAGAUACUGGCUACGACAUGCACAGUGGUUCACUGAGCUGGCCCACUCCGAGCGGGCUGACCGAAGCGCACGUGAGGCAGUUGUGCGAGGACACCAUGAGAAACGUCACCACUUCAGAUAUGUGCUCGGACUACAUCGAUCGUCACAGAAAGGAACUGUCUCAGAUCUGCGUGGCUGAUGUGACUCUCAUUGAUGAUCCCCAGUGGGCGUCGAACACCAUAUCGCUCAUCGGGCUCAAGUGCGAAGAGGAGGUCUCCCAGGGACUGAACCCCAACCUGGUGCUGGCCGAUCCGUUCCAAGUGAUGCAGAACUUGCGCUGUCCUGGCGACUGCAGUUACCAUGGCGUCUGCAACGGCCGUGAAUGCUUCUGUGACGAGGGCUACGCGGGACCCGACUGCAGUCAGCCUGACGGCACCACACCGGAAGCCAUCGCGACCGACGGACUCUGCGACACCCGGUCGUCCAGCUGUGACGUUGCCACCGUCUACGGGAAACACUUUCUGAACCUUCCCACCCUGGUCUGCGAGGCGUCCCGAGUUGAGAUGAACGGAAGCGGUGUGUGGAUUGCAGUCCAACGCAACGUCACUGUGCCGGCGCGUUUCAUGGAAUCGACGAGCGUCGACUGCAGGCUGCCUGAUCGGUCUUUCCUCUCGGAAUCGGGAGUCGCCGGCCACACAACGUGGGAGAUAAAGGUGAGCAACGACAAAGUGCACUUCAGCAACUCAGUGAGGAUCACCGUGUUCGACUCUUCGUGCGAGCUGUGCAGUGUCGCCGACGAUCGGCCCAACUGCACUAUCCAGGAGCGCCGCUGCCUCAUCGACGGGGAGUGCUUCGUGGAGGCCGAGACCCACCCGUCGGAUUUCUGCUUGGCCUGCGUCGUCGGCCGCUCAACGCAGCACUGGUCGCCUAAUCCAGGAAACAGGGCUCCGCAGCUGGUGGACACUCCCCCCGAAGUGACGGUUUUUUCGGGGCAAUCGUUUCGCCUGAACCUGGUCGGCGCUGACCCGGACGGCACGCAGUCCUUCUUCCGACUGGCCAUGGCCACAGCCAACGUCUCGCUCAGCCACGACGGGCAACUGAGCGGCCAGCUCUACACCAGCCGCAACUCGUCCAGGCAGUUGGACGUCGUCCUGUUCGACGAGUGCGACAGGGAGACCAACGUACGACUCGAGGUGACAGUCCUGGCCUGCCCCUGCCUAAAUGGCGGCACUUGUGAGACAUGGUCCACACCAGAAGCUCCUGUGUACGAUGCUGUGUACUGCACUUGCCUGCGAGACUUCACAGGUCGGAGGUGCGAGGUUUUGGUGAACCCCUGCUACUCGAACCCCUGCUUCAACGGACGCUGCGUCGCCCAGAGUUCCGGCAUCUUCCACUGCGCUUGUCCGGAGGACACUACAGGCAGUCGCUGCGAGCUUCCCGUCGAUCCCUGUUUGCCAAACCCCUGUGCUCACGGAGAGUGCGUGCCAGAUGGGCAGUCCAUGCAGUGCUUUUGUGAUCCAGGAUUUACAGGUGAGCGGUGCGAGAUUGCAGCGAACCCCUGCAUCCCCAAUCCCUGCCAGAAUGGCGGGCAGUGCCAGCUGACCGGCCCCGUCUACUUCCGCUGUCACUGCGACUGGGGCUUUACAGGUCUUCACUGUCAGAACCUGAUCGAUCCGUGCACAGAUCGGCGUUGCUUCACUCAUGUCCCGUGCAGUGCCGUCGGGAGGACGUACACCUGCGGGCCAUGUCCGCCUGGUUAUAUGGGCGACGGAACAGUCUGUGAAGCAAUCCCGGUACCCUCCAGCCAGUACCAUGCUGGAUCUGCGCUCCUUGAAGGCGGAAGCGACAACACUUUAGGCUUUUUCAGCAACGGGAGCUCGGCCGGCUUCGUGCAGACCAUUCCGUCGGCAGAGAUCACAGCGAGCUACUUCUCCAGUUCUAUCUCGUCCUCUGGCGUCCAGCCCCCCUACAUGUCUCCGGGCUUUCUCGGUGAACUAGCGCCCAGCUUCAUAGGGGGCUUCCCUCCCUUCUCGAGCAGCCUGGCCUCCGGGUUCAGCCAGGUAGAGCGCUUUUCUCUCUUCUUCGGUGGACCAGCCGCGUACGGAACGCCCAUCGUGUCGCAGGGCUUCUUCACUCACGGAGCUCAGGGCUUUGUGCAGGGAUUUCCGCCCCCUACUGACAUGGCCCCCAUUUACAUGACCGGGUUCACUGCUUAUGACACUGCGAGCUCUUUUGUGCCUGCGAUAGCGGCACCCGAGCUCUCGGCUAGCUACUAUGUAGGAGUACCGUUCCAGGUAACCCCAGAAAACGUGGAACCAACGGACUUUUCAGUCGAGUUUCCCGGAACCUAUUACGCCUGGGACAUGAUCGCUGCCGAAACGAUCUACGUUCCUGAUGGCCCUCAAGCGGAAGGCAGGGUUAUUUCGGACGGGUUCACCAAUCCUACUACCGCGGAAUCGUCAAUUGCACAGGUAGAGCCCACUCCCACGAUGGUAGGGUUCCAGACGGACGCUGGGAGCAGCUUCGAAUCCACCCAAUUUCUCUCCGACGCCGCGAGCAACUACAUUCCGAGCGGCCUUUUGGAUGACGUUGACGACAUUCCCGACUCCUUCCUAGCGGAAUCGACGAUGCCGUCCACCACAGAGUACGGCCUCAAAGGCUCUGGUGUUGGUGGCUCGAACGAAGCGAACCAGGAGCGUUUUCCUGAAAGCUCCGCCGACUGCAUCUUGAGGGACCUCUUGAAGGGCCUCGUGGAUUCUAUCCCAGAGCACGCUAACGCCACUUCCAACGACAUCCAAGAGGUUAGCACGCCCGAAGUGGAAACUCCCCAGCAGCCCAAUUCAAACGCUGGGUAUCCAGAUGGCAACACCGGUCAACAGAGGGCAAAAUGUGCUCCCUUCCCUAGUGGUGACCCCGGCAAUGGCGCCGAAGAUAGCGACCAGAAGCUCAAUGGGAGCUCAGCUUCCAAGGACACUGAGUGCCUGAACGGAGGAGUCCUGACGUCUGUCGGGAGCUGUAAAUGCUCGGUCGGGUACACCGGGGACCACUGCGAGUCAGCGGUGUGCAGACCAGCGUGCAAAAAUGGGGGGCUGUGCCUUGGCAAAAACAAGUGCAAGUGUACUCCUGGAUUUUCCGGAAAACGGUGCACAAAGAAGAUGUGCGCCAAGGACUGCAAGAACGGCGGAACAUGUGUGAGUGAGGACAAGUGCAGUUGCGGGGAAGGCUGGGAAGGCGGCUGGUGCGAAGAAGCCAAGUGCGAGCCCCCGUGCGUCAACGGUGGAUCCUGCCUCGAGCCCAACAAGUGCGUCUGCCCGCCCGGCAGCUCUGGAGGGGACUGUAGUGUCAGUAGCUGCUCCCCUCCAUGCUUGAACGGGGGUCGAUGUGCCCGCAAGGGGACCUGCAAGUGUGCCAGGGGAUGGACUGGCAAGCAGUGCACAAAACCAACAUGUAGUCCUCCGUGCCAGAAUGGAGGCAAGUGCGUGAAGCCGGGCAAAUGCUCCUGCAAAGAUGGCUGGACGGGGCGCCGCUGCAAGAACCCUAUGUGCGUGCAAGAUUGUGCAAACGGCGGCACGUGCGUCAAGCCCAACGUGUGUGAUUGCAACCCCGGAUUUCACGGGCCCCAGUGUGACCAAGGUGGGAAGGAAGAGUGGACCGCGACCAAGCAGGGAGUCGUGCCUCCACUGCCGAGCAACGACUGGAUGCCUGGAUACAAGUAUUUUUAGCCGCUUCGUCCACUGUACAGGAGGAGUCAAGCUGGAGCUGCUAUGCACCUUUGCACGGAACAGGGAUCUCAACGUAAAAUUGACCUUGGAGGAAGCUUUACCUUUUGAGCACUGGAGUGUACUCUGUGGGUCAAUAAAUGUGUUACCGUG